GAGUAUCAUCUGCUUACCUACCUUUCUCUCUCUCUCUCUCUUAAGACUGUUUGGUCCUUUUGCUUUUGUUGUACCUGCGCCGUAAAAUAGGUGGAAAUGACUUUGUCACUCGUCAAAUCCAUGAUAAACUCUCCAAAACUCCGCCUCUCCACAGCACCACUUGGCUUCUCUCGUUGCAACCGCUGGUGUGUCUCUCUUCCAAAUAUGUCUUCAAAAUCUAUUCCUUUCGCUUCACUCACUAUCUCCGCUUCUUCUGGUAAGAAGGAAGUAGUGGCUACAGAGAAAGCACCAGCUGCUUUGGGACCAUACUCUCAGGCUAUCAAAGCUAAUAAUCUUGUUUUCCUCUCUGGUGUUCUUGGACUUAUACCUGAGACUGGAAAGUUUGUUUCAGACAGCGUUGAGGAUCAGACAGAACAGGUACUCAAGAACAUGGGGGAGAUAUUGAAAGCUAGUGGUGUUGAUUACUCCUCUGUGGUGAAGACAACAAUCAUGCUUGCUGACUUGGGUGACUUCAAGAAAGUCAACGAUAUAUACGCCAAAUACUUCCCAGCUCCUUCUCCAGCACGAUCCACAUAUCAAGUCGCAGCCUUGCCUCUAAACGCCAAGAUCGAGAUCGAAUGCAUUGCAACACUCUAGAACACCAUCAAACACGCUAUGAAGAGUGGGAAAAGAUGUCAAAACAAAUAAGACAAACCAUGAUGUUUUUGGGGCUUUUCUUAUCAUAUCCCUAAAUCAAGAAUAAGCGAUGUAGUCUCUCCUAUUUGACCGUCAUUUGAAGUUUGACUUGAUAUGUACUGAGUACAAUAUUUUUUAUUAGAAACCUUGAUAUUGCUAUGAUGAGCAAACAUAGUGUUUGGUAA